AUGUUCGCUAAGAUUUUGGCUGUAUCUGCUUUGGUAGCUUGCGCUCAAGCUGGUGCUAUUGGUGUUGGACACCAUGCCACUUCCUACUCCUCCCUCAGUGAUGCUGCAGUAACUCACUACGCUUCCGCCCCAGUUACUGCUCACUACGCCGCCCCAAUUGCUGCUUACCACACCGCUCCAGUAGCUCACUACGCCCCUGUUGCUGCUUACCACCAUGUACCAGCUGUUGUCAAGACCGUCGCUCCAGUAGCUCAAUAUGCCGCCCCAAUCGUCAAGUCUAUCCACCAAGAAGUAUAUCCAGACACCCACCCACAAUACUCUUACCAAUACGAAGUUCAAGACGCUGUAACCGGUGAUGUCAAGAACCAACAUGAAGAACGCGACGGAGAUGUUGUCAAGGGAUACUACACCUUGGUCCAACCUGAUGGUGUCACCCGUACCGUCCACUACACCGCUGACUCCCACAACGGUUUCAACGCUGAAGUAGAAUACAAAGAGAACCAAUCGUACAAAAAGCCGUAG